AUGGAUUAUUGGAAAUCACACCGGACGCUGAAAUUCGCAAGGGAAAUCGAUGAGGGAACACCUGAGUGUGGGUUUGAAAGCUUGCCUUCUUACUUAUACAUGAUAAGAAGGCAAAAUCCGAGUACAGUUACGCGUCUUCAAAUCGAUGAGCUUGGAAGAUUCAUGUAUGUGUUUCUUGCCUUUGGUGCGAGCGUAAAUGGCUUUCCUUUCAUGCGCAAAGUUGUUGUAGUCGACGGUACGUUUCUCAAUGGUAAAUACAAAGGGACGCUACUCACAGCACUAGCUCAGGACGGUAACUUUCAAAUUUUUCCAAUAGCCUUCGCAGUGAUUCCUGACGACGAGGGUCUUGUGUUAAUCUCGGAUAGGCAUAACUCGAUAGGGAAAGCAAUUAGAAAUGUGUAUCCGUUAGCUUCUCGGGGAAUAUGCACCUACCAUUUAUAUAAGAACAUAUUGGGACGGUACAAAGGAAAAGAUGUAUUCCGUCUGGUGAAGAAAGCGGCAUGUUUUAGGAUGUCUGACUUUACUACGAUUUUCGAGGAGACUGAAGCGAUUAAUCCUGCACUACACGGCUACCUCCAAAGAGCUGAUGUCCGACUGUGGACGCGUGUUCAUUUCCCGGGCGAGAGGUACAAUUUGAUGAAUACAAACAUAGCGGAAUCAAUGAACAGAGCAGUGUCGAAUGCUAGAGGUCUAAACAUUGUUCGAAUAUUAGAAUCGAUAUGGGUUAUGAUGACCAGAUGGUUUGCUGAACGGAGAGAGGAUGCCAGAUCGCAGCCAACCACGCUUACGCGUUGUGUCGAGAAACUACUACAUGGUCGUGUAACUGCCGCCAGAGAUUUGACGGCCCAAAGGAUUGAUGAUCAUCACACUGAAGUUAAAUAUGGAUCUUCUAGCGAGUCUUUGAAUAUUGUUAAUUUGGUAGAGCGAAAGUGCACAUGUCGGCGUUUCGAACGCGAGAAAUUGCCAUGUGUACACGCAAUCGCAGCUGCGGAGUACAACAGUGUUUGUCGUAUAUCCCUGUGCAGUCCUUACUAUAACAGUGCAUAUUUGGUGAGCGCAUACGCUGAAUCGGUCAUGCCGGCUGACUCAGCGCAACCUGUUCCAGAAAUCGUGGCUAACCAACCCUGCUUGCCCCCGUCUAUUCGUCAACAACCAGGAAGACCUAAGAAAAAUAGGAUGAAAUAUGCUUUAGAAGUUGCACUUCAAAACAAACGUCCUAGGAAAGAACACACAUGUUCUCGAUGUAGACAUAGUGGACAUAAUGCGAAAACUUUUCCGAUGUAA